ACCUGACGGGUUGUGUAACGCAUGUCUUUCACGGGGCGUGAGGGAAAGCACUCGGUCUUGAGGGAAAGCCCUGACGGGCUGGGGCUUUGGCUGGGUCUGGAAAACGCCUUCCUCAGUCCCCGGACCCUCGGUGGACCCCCGUCCCAGUCGUUGCGGAGGGUAUUGGGCGCGGUCUCUGGGCGGAGGCCGCCCCUUCUGCUCUGCCCUUUCUCUCGGGCCCGAGCUCGCGGCGCCGCGGGGAGUCUAACCGAGGGGCUGCAGGGCCGGGGCGGGCGCGCCCAGCCCCGCGCCCCUCCUCCGCGGUGGUAGCCGGCCGCCGGGUCGCGGGCCCCUGUGCCUCGGCAAUCCUAGGGUUCCCGGCUGAGCGCCAGCAAGAUUAUCUGCAAUUAUGAAAUGAAAUAACUCAAGAUGAGCAAGUUAAAAGUGAUACCAGAGAAAAGCCUUACCAAUAAUUCUAGGAUCGUGGGACUCCUGGCUCAGCUGGAGAAGAUCAAUGCUGAACCUUCAGAAUCAGACACUGCCCGAUAUGUUACAUCAAAAAUUCUUCAUCUGGCUCAGAGUCAAGAAAAAACAAGGAGAGAAAUGACAGCCAAAGGUUCUACAGGAAUGGAAAUUCUGCUGUCAACAUUAGAGAACACAAAAGAUCUUCAAACUACACUUAAUAUCUUAAGCAUUCUUGUUGAGCUGGUGUCAGCUGGUGGAGGUAGAAGAGUGAGUUUCUUAGUCACCAAAGGUGGUUCUCAAAUACUGUUGCAGUUACUUAUGAAUGCCAGCAAAGAAUCUCCCCCACAUGAGGACUUAAUGGUACAGAUUCAUUCUAUUCUUGCAAAGAUUGGACCAAAAGAUAAAAAAUUUGGAGUAAAGGCUAGAAUUAAUGGGGCUCUGAAUAUAACCCUGAAUUUGGUCAAGCAGAAUUUGCAGAAUCAUCGCUUGGUUCUACCUUGCCUUCAGCUUUUACGAGUAUAUUCUGCCAACUCUGUGAAUUCAGUAUCCUUAGGGAAAAAUGGAGUUGUGGAACUGAUGUUUAAAAUCAUUGGACCAUUUAGUAAGAAGAAUUCCAGUCUUAUAAAGGUUGCUUUAGACACUCUUGCUGCAUUGCUAAAAUCAAAAACAAAUGCCAGGAGAGCAGUAGACAGAGGAUAUGUCCAAGUGCUUUUAACAAUUUAUGUAGAUUGGCACCGCCAUGAUAACCGGCAUAGAAACAUGCUCAUUCGGAAAGGAAUUUUACAGAGUUUAAAAAGUGUUACAAACAUCAAGUUGGGAAGAAAAGCAUUUAUUGAUGCCAAUGGGAUGAAAAUUCUGUAUAACACUUCACAAGUGAGUUAUUUUCUUCUUCUUAUCCUGAUUAUUCAGUUAUAUUGAUUGUGCCCUCCUGUGGAUGACGUAGUAGAUGAAAGUGAUGACAACGAUGAUAUUGAUGUAGAAGCUGAAAACGAAACUGAGAAUGAAGAUGACCUAGAUCAAAAUUUUAAGAAUGAUGAUAUUGAAACAGAUAUUAACAAACUAAAACCCCAGCAAGAACCGGGACGAACAAUAGAAGAUCUAAAAAUGUAUGAACACCUUUUCCCUGAGCUUGUUGAUGAUUUUCAGGACUAUGAUUUAAUCUCCAAAGAACCAAAGCCUUUUGUAUUUGAGGGAAAAGUACGUGGUCCUAUUGUUGUUCCUACGGCAGGAGAGGAAACAUCUGGGAAUUCUGGCAAUUUAAGAAAAGUUGUAAUGAAGGAAAACAUAUCUUCUAAAGAAGAUGAAGGUGAAAAGAAGUCUACCUUUAUGGAUCUAGCAAAAGAAGAUACUAAAGAUAAUGAUAGAACAUUACAACAGCAGCCAGGUGAUCAAAAUAGAACUAUUUCAUCAGUCCAUGGUUUAAACAAUGAUAUUGUAAAGGCCUUGGACCGAAUUACAUUGCAGAAUAUUCCUUCUCAAACAGCCCCAGGUUUUACUACAGAAGUGAAGAAGGACUGCAGUCUUCCUCUUACUGUCCUUACAUGUGCUAAAGCGUGUCCACACAUGGCUACUUGUGGAAAUGUUCUGUUUGAGGGAAGAACAGUUCAGCUAGGGAAGCUUUGCUGCACUGGAGUUGAAACUGAAGAUGAUGAAGAUACCGAGUCAAAUUCAUCAGUAGAACAAGCAUCGGUUGAAGUACCUGAUGGACCAACACUUCAUGACCCAGACCUCUAUAUUGAGAUUGUGAAAAAUACAAAAUCUGUCCCGGAAUAUUCAGAGGUGGCUUAUCCCGAUUAUUUUGGUCACGUUCCGCCUCCAUUCAAAGAGCCUAUUUUAGAAAGGCCUUACGGUGUGCAGAGGACAAAAAUUGCUCAAGAUAUUGAAAGGCUAAUACAUCAGAGUGAUAUCAUAGAUCGUGUGGUAUAUGACUUAGAUAACCCAAAUUACACCAUUCCAGAAGAGGGAGAUAUUUUGAAAUUUAACUCCAAAUUUGAAUCUGGGAAUCUGCGCAAAGUAAUUCAAAUUAGAAAAAAUGAAUAUGAUCUUAUUCUGAACUCAGAUAUAAACAGCAAUCAUUAUCAUCAGUGGUUUUACUUUGAAGUCAGUGGAAUGCGGCCAGGUGUUGCUUACAGGUUUAACAUCAUUAACUGUGAAAAGUCCAACAGUCAGUUUAAUUAUGGUAUGCAACCACUCAUGUAUUCGGUUCAGGAAGCAUUAAAUGCCAGACCAUGGUGGAUUCGUAUGGGGACUGACAUUUGUUACUAUAAAAAUCAUUUCUCGAGAAGUUCAGUUGCUGCAGGUGGGCAAAAGGGAAAAUCCUACUAUACAAUUACAUUUACUGUCAGUUUUCCACAUAAAGAUGAUGUUUGCUACUUUGCUUAUCACUAUCCAUAUACGUAUUCAACUUUACAGAUGCAUCUUCAAAAAUUGGAAUCAGCACACAAUCCUCAGCAAAUCUAUUUUCGGAAAGAUGUGUUAUGUGAAACCCUGUCCGGAAACAGCUGCCCCUUGGUGACUAUAACAGCAAUGCCAGAGUCUAAUUAUUAUGAACAUAUCUGUCAUUUCAGAAAUCGCCCUUACGUUUUCUUGUCUGCUCGGGUACAUCCUGGAGAAACUAAUGCAAGUUGGGUUAUGAAAGGAACGUUGGAAUAUCUCAUGAGCAAUAACCCCACUGCUCAGAGCUUACGAGAAUCUUAUAUUUUUAAAAUUGUCCCUAUGUUAAAUCCAGAUGGUGUCAUCAAUGGAAAUCAUCGCUGUUCUUUAAGUGGAGAGGAUUUGAAUAGGCAGUGGCAAAGUCCAAAUCCGGAUUUACAUCCUACAAUUUACCAUGCUAAGGGGCUGCUGCAAUACUUGGCUGCAGUGAAGCGUUUACCCUUGGUUUAUUGUGAUUAUCAUGGCCAUUCCCGAAAGAAGAACGUAUUUAUGUAUGGUUGCAGCAUCAAAGAGACAGUGUGGCAUACCAAUGAUAAUGCAACUUCAUGUGAUGUUGUGGAAGAUACGGGAUACAGGACAUUGCCUAAGAUACUGAGCCAUAUUGCCCCAGCAUUUUGCAUGAGCAGCUGUAGCUUCGUAGUGGAAAAAUCUAAAGAAUCCACAGCACGCGUUGUAGUUUGGAGGGAAAUAGGAGUACAAAGAAGUUAUACCAUGGAGAGUACUUUAUGUGGCUGUGAUCAGGGAAAAUACAAGGGUUUACAGAUUGGUACCCGAGAACUGGAAGAGAUGGGAGCAAAAUUUUGUGUUGGUCUUUUACGUUUGAAAAGACUGACCUCUCCACUGGAGUAUAAUCUGCCUUCCAGCCUGCUUGACUUUGAAAAUGAUUUAAUUGAAUCAAGCUGCAAAGUAACUAGCCCUACCACUUACGUUUUGGAUGAAGAUGAACCUCGAUUCCUUGAAGAAGUUGAUUACAGUGCAGAAAGUAAUGAUGAGUUAGAUAUUGAGUUGGCUGAAAAUGUAGGAGAUUAUGAACCUUCUGCUCAAGAAGAAGUGCUUUCUGACUCUGAAUUAUCAAGAACAUACCUACCUUGAGCCCGCUGCCAUCUCCUGUUAACCGCAAAGAAGAAAUGGAAUAUCUUGGUUUUUAUUUCACAGGAAACUUGAGAGAAAUGAGUUUAUACAGAGCUGACUCAAAAAGACAAAAAGUAACUUGGGCCAGUUUGGUUUCAAGACAAUAAAUAUGUUAUUAAUUAAUGAUGAAAUUGGCACUUGUUUUAUUUUAGAUAUUCAGUGCACUUUAUGUAGCAUUGAAUGAUCAAAUAUUGGAUUUACCUUUAAAAAAACCUGAGUAUCAUUGCAUGAAUUUUUAUCUCCCUAUGGUUAUAUCCUGCAUCAAAUGGAUAAUUUUGAAGUGUGUUCAGAAUAUAAAAUUGAAAUUUUAGAGUUGUUGAAAAUCCUGAGUUGUUGAAAGCUAAUAUAUAUGUACAUGGAUUUCUAUAGAUGUGUUUGUUUAGAAGUGGGUAGAUAUUGAAGAUAAGACUGUUCUUCAGAAUCAUGUUAACUAUUGGGUUGUGACUGAAGUAAUCCAGGGUUUGCCUUGAAACCAUUACAUUCUACAUUUACCAAAUUAAACAAAUAAAACUGUAUUAAAUGUUGCA